UAGGGCCAUCCCAGACUCAGGCUGCUACCAGAACCCAACAGCACUCCUAGCACACUGGGUACCCAGCACUGGGCAGAUCUAUUCCCUGAGCUGAAAAUGGACAGUGGCAAGAAUUUGCUCUUGGCUGCUUUGAUGUCAGUGCUGCUACUCCACCUGUGCAGCAAGUCAGAAGCAGCAAGCAGCUUUGACUGCUGCCUUCGGUAUACAGAACGCAUCCUUCAUCCCAGAUUUAUCGUGGGCUUCACGCAGCAGCUGUCCAAUGACGCUUGUGAUAUCAAUGCAAUCAUCUUUUACACAAAGAAAAAAUUCGCUGUGUGCGCAGAUCCAAAGAAGAACUGGGUGAAACAGGCUGUGCAUAUCCUCAGGUAUGAGAUAUUUACCAUCAGUCCCUCUCCAAAUGUCUGGGGCAAAGGUCAAGUGCAGAGUAGCGGAUCAUAGACUCGCUGGGACCCUUCCGCCUAAGCACCGUAGAAUUUUAAAGGGGAAAUUUGAGUCGGACCAUAAACCAAAAAUUCAUUUUUUUCCACUUACAUCCUUUUUAUUUUUUUUUAAUUUAGUGAGUUUUACGAGAUGUGUUAGUCCUCCAUGCAUUUAAUAGUCACAAGCUUCUUCAUUUUGGUGCAAAGAUGCCUCCUAUUUAUAGAAUUUACAGACCGCGUGAUACUUCUUUGUUAAAAACUAAAAAAUAAAGAGCCAACCAGAGAUCAAUAUUCUGAUUUCCAUUGAUUAUAAUGGAGAGUAACAUUUUAUCAACAUGAACAGAAGCCACCUAAUACGAAGGUGCCAUAGACACUGAAUUUAAAGAUGCAACGUAAGCGCUCAAUCCUGUUUCCAUCUCUAGCCAGCUCACUUGUGUUGGGCAGGGCCCUUCCUCUCUGAACCUUGAUUUCCUCAUCUGGACUCUGAGCUGCUGGCACCCUGAGAUUAAUGAGAAGUAAUGUUUAGGUACAAAAGGCACUCCUACCAGCCAGUCCACCCUGUCUUUGCUUAUUGUUUUCUUCUCUUCCUCU